AUGCCCAGGGAAAUAAUUACAAUCCAAGCUGGCCAAUGCGGCAAUAGCAUUGGCAGCCAGUUCUGGCAGCAGCUUUGUCAAGAACACGGCAUCAGCCAGGAUGGGAACCUGGAAGACUUUGCGACGGAAGGGGGUGAUCGCAAGGAUGUGUUCUACUACCAAAGCGACGACACCCGAUAUAUCCCAAGAGCCAUCCUGAUCGAUCUCGAGCCAAGGGUUAUCAACGGAAUCCAAACGGGACCUUACAAAAACAUCUACAAUCCGGAGAAUUUCUACGUCGGGAAGAGUGGCAUAGGAGCCGGUAACAACUGGGGUGAUGGAUACCAGACGGGAGAAUUGGUGCAUGAAGAGAUCAUGGAAAUGAUUGACCGCGAGGCCGAUGGUAGUGACUCGCUCGAGGGCUUCAUGAUGCUGCACUCCAUCGCUGGUGGCACCGGGUCCGGCCUAGGAUCAUUCCUCCUUGAAAGGCUAAACGACCGCUUCCCAAAAAAGAUUAUCCAGACAUACUCCGUCUUCCCCGACACAACCAAUUCGGGCGACGUCGUCGUCCACCCGUACAACAGCAUGUUGACCAUGAGGCGGUUGACCCAAAACGCUGACUCGGUCGUCGUCCUCGACAACGGCGCGCUCGCCCACAUCGCCGCCGACAGACUGCACCUCCAGGAACCCUCGUUCCAGCAGACCAACCAACUCGUCUCGACCGUCAUGUCCGCCAGCACCACUACCCUUCGCUACCCAGGUUACAUGCACAACGACCUCGUCAGCAUCCUCGCCUCCCUCAUCCCCACGCCACGCUGCCACUUCCUCAUGACCGCCUACACACCCUUCACCGGCGACCAAGUCGAGCAAGCCAAGACGGUCCGGAAGACCACCGUCUUGGAUGUCAUGCGGCGGCUGCUACAACCCAAGAACCGGAUGGUGUCGACGGUGCCAGGCAAGAAGAGCUGUUACAUCUCCAUCCUCAACGUCAUCCAGGGCGAGGUCGAUCCGACCGACGUGCACAAGAGCCUGCUGCGCAUCCGCGAGCGCCGCUUGGCUACCUUCAUCCCUUGGGGUCCGGCCAGCAUCCAGGUCGCGCUGACCAAGCGCAGCCCGUACAUCCCCAUGGCGCACCGCGUCAGCGGUCUGAUGCUGGCCAACCAUACCAGCAUUGCCACGCUAUUCAAAAGGAUAUUCCGGCAAUACGAAGGCAUGCGCAAGCGCAACGCCUUCCUGGAAGGGUACAAGAAGACGGCACCCUUUUCCGAAAGCCUCAGCGAGUUCGACGAGGCCCGCGAGGUGGUCGCCGAUCUCAUCGCCGAGUACGAGGCCGCCGAGGACGCGAACUAUCUGAACCCAGACUUGGGUGGGGAGCAGGCAACGUCGGCGGAGAUGGAUAAGAGGAUGGGGUGA